ACAGACAAGGUGGUGGAGAAUUUGACAGGCCGUGUAAUUUGAGUUGCCUAUAUAAAUGGACCCGAUUGAAUCAGUAUUUACAGUUCGUUGAAUAUUUUAACUUAUAUUUUAACUUGGCUAAGGCCUAAUGCUGAUUGGCAGUACAUAUUUCAAAAUUUAACCACUUUUUUGUAUUUAGGGGAUAAAUAGAGUACACAGUGCCAUACUUGGUGUUUAGAUACUUUUCAGAAUUGUUAUUUGUAUUUAUCAAAACAAAUACCUACUUUCCUAAAGUAUUUGGGAGUUAAAUAAUUUUAAAACUAUUUAAAUACUAAAUUAGUGACUGUUUUAUACAAAGUGAAGAAGUCCUUGAUUAUGUUUUUAUGUUACUUUUAUAUUUAGACUUUUAUAUUUCCCCGAUUUAAGUUGAUAUAGGCAACUCAAAUUACACGGCCUGUCAAAGUUUCCACCACCUUGUCUGUCUCUCUCUAGGACCUCUCUCUUGUAUCGUGGCUGCAUUAGUUGUCUUUGUGCCUAUUCCAUCCGUAUUGACAGUUCAUUGGUAUUAGCUCAAUGUAUCUGUGUGUCUAGUAGAGUCGCAGUUACUGUAUAUGUGUAGAUUUAAGAUAGUCUCUUAGAAUCCCUAUCAGACACAUAUCACCUAGUAUCUUGGAUACAUUGUUGGAUAUCCACUUCCAGAGAAGAUAUGUGGAAAGAAAAAAGAGUGUUUUUCAUCACUCCUCAAAUUCUACAAAACGAUUUAGUAAAGUUCGAAGAUUUGGGCUCUAAAAUAAAGUGUUUAGUGUUUGAUGAAGCCCACAGAGCUAGAGGCAAUCACGCAUAUUGUGAAGUUAUAAGAAAGCUCAGCAGUUCCAAUAAGUAUUUUCGAGUCUUGGCUCUAAGUGCUACUCCAGGUGGAACAAUAAAUGAUGUUUUAGAGGUGGUUCAAAAUUUACUGAUCUCACAUCUGGAAUUCCGUACCGAAGAGAGUCCAGAUGUAAGCCCUUAUGUUUUUCAAAGAAAUUUAACAACAGUGGUUGUUCCUUUGGGUACCAAGCUGCAGGAAGUAAAAGAUUCAUAUAUGAAAGUUUUAGAAUAUUACACAAGGAGCCUUAUACGAUAUAAAGUUAUUCAAGGUAACUGCGCUAAUUUGACCAAAGGAAAAAUUUUCAUUCUUAUGAAAAAUUACCAACAAAAUGCUCGAGGAACCAGUCCAAACUAUGCAGAGAUUAUGAAAAGCCUGAACAUCUGUAUAACCCUUUAUCAUGCAUCUGAAUUAUUGAUUCGACAUGGUUUAAGAAGUUUUCUAACAUUUUUUGAAGAACAUAUUGAUAAACCAUUGUUAAGAAAUAAUACUGACAUUCGAGAAAUCAUGGCAACUAUACGUGAACACAUGGGACCUCUUCCUCAGAUUCAGCAACUCCCUGAUGGUGAAUAUCAAGAAGUGCCCCCAAAUAUAAAAUUCGGUCAUCCAAAGUUUUAUAAACUGAAAGAGAUUUUACUAGAGCAUUUUAGUGAAACUGAAGAUUCUAGUAGGGUUAUUGUGUUUUUCGAGUAUAGGGAAUCUGUGAUGGAAGCUUUCGUACUACUGAUUCAGUCGAAGCCAGUGUUGAAACCCAGGAUAUUUAUUGGACAGGCGAAUGGAGUCAGCCAGAAAACACAAAUCAGUGUAGUGAAAGCCUUCAGGGAGGGCCGUUGCAACGUGCUCCUCUCCACAAGCAUAGGGGAAGAAGGCCUGGACGUCGGAGAAGUGGACCUGAUUGUAUGUUUCGACAUUUCCAACAAAUCUCCCAUUAGAAUGGUCCAGCGAAUGGGGCGAACCGGCCGAAAGAAGGACGGUAAAAUUGUAGUUUUAGUUACGGAAGGAAAGGAGCAACAGACUCUAAAGGAUUGUCUCAUUCAUAAGAAUAACGUGGCGUUCCAUGUUUUAGGAUCGAAAGUUUUGGCCCAAGGUUUGCACAGUGAGUGUCCACGAUUGAUUCCAGAGGAUAUAACGCCCAAAUGUGAAAAGAUUUUUAUAACAGUGGAAGAUCCUGGUCCCAAAAAAAGUGGAAACCUUAAGGAUAUGUUAAAAAGUUUGUCGAGAAAAUCAUCAGAGCUGUCAUUUUCACCUGGCCUGGAAAUCGUUGAAAUAGAAGAAAAGAUACCCGAACCUGAACUACUUUCUGUAAAAGAAAAUCCUUUGGACGGAAGCAUUGUUCCAAAUAUUUUCAAUAAGAAGAUUGAAAAGCAGCGUAGCUUUCAAGAAAUACAUACUGUGGAACAUUCUAGUAAUUGCGGAUUAUUGGUUUCUUUAUUGCAAAUGGCCGAAUCACGUCGGUUCAAUAUUCCGAUGUCACAAAUCGCAACAACAACGCAAAAAAACAAAAACAUGAAACAGACUGACAUAAGAAACAUGUUUUUUAAGUCACAAAGUGCCAGUGACUUCAUUGUGCCAUCAACUCAAGUAAUCGCAGAGUCUAUCCAAACUACCAAUACAGAAGACAAAAAUUUCGGAGAGCCAGAACUGUUCAGGGAACUCUCUGACUUUUUAUCAAUCCAACAGGAUAACUCCAGAAAAUGUACGCUCUGUCCCAGCCAGUUAAACUGCGGGGACAAUAAAUAUAAGACACCCAGCAAGUCUUCUUUUGCAUGGAUAGAACUGGAUCCUUCAGUGUUCACAAAUAUCACUGCAGAAGACCUAAAAGCUUUUGAAAAAAGCUUACAUCCUGUUGCCGAUGCCAGUUUUCAGUUUGAUGAGAGCAUACAUUUUAAAAUACCAGAGACACCUGUAACACAAACGACGCAAAAAGAAACUAAAGUCAUGGAGCUGGAAGAUUUAAUAGAUACAAGCAUUUUGGCAGACUUUUCCGAUACAGCAGCAACUACAGCAACCAAUACUACAGCAACUUUUAUGCCACCUAAGUCACUAAAUAACUUAUUAAAUAAAUACAGCACUUCCUUAAUAGACGAGAACUUGCAAUUUCCUCCACCAACUGAUACUCAACAUUCAGAAUACAAUAACAAGAGUACGUUAGAAGUUAUUAGAACCAAAAAAAGUUUUUCUGAAGAAGAAACGAAGGAUAUUUUAGAUUUUUUCAAAUUAGAAACAUUGGAAGACGUUUUCGAGACGAAUAUUCCUGAUUCUCAGGCCACUAUAACAUAUUCCCCUGAUAUUUUUGACAUAACUAAUACAGCAAAUACAAAUGUUAUUAUAGAAGACGAUAUAAGUGAAGACUCAAAUUCACCGAUAAUAUGUUCUUACUUCAACAAAAAGAAGAAUGUCACGAUAAGAAAUUCGCAAAUAGAGGCCACGUAUUCCCAAAGUUUGAGCAGUACUCCUUUAACACGUAAAACAGAAAAAAAUAUCGAUAAAUUAUCCCAAAGUUCAAACAAACUAUGUGGCAACACUGGAGAUCCAAAGAAAACUCCGCCUGAAGACUUAAACGACUUCUUCGACUUUUCUUUCUUUGCAUCACAGUCUAGUAAAAAAAAUGAAACAGUUGUAAAAGCCAAGGAAAUCAUUAAUUUAACUGAUAGUUGUAACACCAUCGAUUUUUGCGAAGAUUCUUCAAAUUCUCGAAAAAAUUCAGAAAGUGAUGCCAAUAAUUGCAAGUUGAACGUAAAUAUUUCAGAGUUAGGAAGCUUUUUCGACGAAGAGUUACUAAUGAGUCCGACAUUUCGCCAAGUUGAUCACCGUAAAGUUAACGUGAAGGAAUCACUGGAAAAGACGAAAAGAAAAAUAGAGUCUCAAGUAAUGAGUAGAAAUGUUGCUUCAGUUAAUGAGGAGCGUGUAUUAAGCCAAAAAGUAGUUCAAAUGCAUCGUGAAAACCACAAUCUUAAUACAGAUAAGAGUCAGAAAGUUAGUGAGUCUGAAAUUGAGCAAAAAAUUGACUCUGAGAUACCAGAAUCGAUGGAUUUCUUGCAGUUCAUGGAAAACGAUGACUUUCAGUUGCCGAGUAUCACAAAAAACAAAAACUUCGACAUACCAGACCCCUUAAGUGACUUUAAAUUACCAGGUAUUACAAAGAUCAAAAAUCUCGACAUAGCAGAUCCGCCAAGUUGCCAAUUUAAUGACAAACAUCCAAAAACCAGUGUCUUAAACACUCAAACUGACAACACCGUACAAAAAUCGUUGAGCACCAUCGAAAAACUUGAGCCCUCCCAAGCAUCAAUAACACAGCUUAUUUCUUUAGUCAAUAAACCAACUCAAACGAAUAGUUUGUCUCAGAAAGAAAACAUCGACCUUUCUGAUGUUGAAAACGAUUCUUUUAUCUUUAGUUUUAAUGCAAAGAAACCAAAAAGGACGAAAAACACUUCAAGUUCCAGUGAAAAAUCCUUAAACAGUUCGAUAAAAGCAAACAUAAAGGAGCACAGCAAUAAUUCUUCUAUCAAUACAACACUUGGUUCUAAAUCAGCAGAUUCCUCUAAAGGCAUUUUGGACAAUUCUGCGAUUGUAAGUCCAAAACCUGUGGCGUUGAGUGACCGCACCAAAAAGAUGCAAAGUUCUUCGAAUACCUCUUUGAAUACUUCCAACAGCGACGAUGAAUUCGAGACAAAGCCACCAAGUUCUGGCUGGAUUCGUACUAGGCCUUUAGUAAAGAAGAGGCCUAUAUUGAACAAUUCAGACGAUGAGUUCGAGCCAAUUGAACAUAGUCCUGUGUUUGCUAAACCUAAGCCAGUGAAAAGAAUAAGGAUUGAGAAAGAAGAGGGCAGCAGAAAUCAAGCUAGAAAUGUAACCACUAGGGUAAAAAGUAGAAAGUUGGUAAACGAAUUCAUAGAAAACGAAGCUGAAUUGUCAAUUUGCGAUGAGACAAAUGUCUCGGACGAUGAAGCUGAUGAAUUCUUAAGUCAAGAACAAUACGAUGCUAGUUUUGUAGCAGAUGAAACGCAGCACGUCGAUACUCAAAUGCAUGCAGUCUAUUUAAAGUCAGUCAGAAGUCCGAGAAAUAUUCCUGGAAGAUUUAAAAUCCCUACACGGUUCAAGAAUAACAUGAACGUUUUCUCACAAGUUGAUAAUGAAGAAGACGAAGUUGAUUCAGAUGAUUCGUUCGUAGUGAUGGAUGAAACCAUAGAGGCGCGUCAAGAACUCUCCCAACUAGAAAUUUUAGAAAAACAAUUAGAAAUGCAGAAACGGAGGAAGAAAAUGCCUCAUGGUAUUAAAAAACCGACUAAACGAAGAAGAAUAAUCGUUAGUAGUGACAGUGAAUGAAAUUAUAUAUGUACUAAAUACAUUUUACAUCUACAUUGAAUUCAGGUGUUCGAAAAGGCUAUAGAGAUUGAGAAACAGAAGAAGAAUAAGAUCUACAUUGCAGUUGGUCCUCUGAACGAGAUUGAAUAGGAAUAGGAGCUUGUGGAUUGUCAUAACAGUGAGCUCCGAAUAUAUUUUUUGAAUUAAUCAAAACCUUCAGAUUUGAGAAUCCGAAUGAUCUGCAAAUUGUGAAUAUAUUAUUUUUACUAAAGUUAUAUUUUUUAUAAAUUUUGUAUUAUAUAUAAAUAUAAGUAAACUGUA